AAAAAAAGAUCUAAUAAAAUAAUAAUAAUAGCAAAUGCAAUGACAGUUGAGAAGACCGGAAAGGACUCGCUGAAGAAUGAAAUCAAUGAGCUCAUCUAUUUUCCAGCAUACGGCCCAUUCUACGGUGUUAUGGGCGUGGUCGCCUCUAUAGUGUUCUCUUCGAUUGGCGCCGCUUAUGGAACGGCUGUCUCCGGUACUGGGAUAGCCGCAACUGCCGUGAUGCGCCCGGAGCUCAUCAUGAAGUCGAUUAUACCCGUUGUCAUGGCGGGCAUCAUUGCCAUUUACGGACUGGUUGUGUCGGUGCUAAUCGCUGGCAUUUUGGACUCGGCCGAGACGUACUCGGUGAUCAAGGGAUAUGUGCAUCUAGCGGCCGGAUUGUCGGUGGGUUUUUGUGGAUUGGCAUCCGGCUAUGCGAUCGGCAUUGUGGGCGACGUCGGAGUUCGAAAUACGGCUCAGCAGCCCCGACUGUUUAUCGGCAUGAUUCUCAUUCUUAUAUUUGCGGAGGUGCUGGGCCUAUAUGGCAUGAUUGUCGCCAUCUAUCUGUAUACGAAGGAUAUUUAAUUAAUCAGAAUACAAUAAAAAUGUUAAUCCAA